AUGCAGGGCAUUGUAAGGGACCCUGCCACGCGGCAGACAGGACUUAAUGGAGGUCUCGUGAACUGGUACGAGAAUGGAGACCACUACAUUGGGCCACACGCCGAUGACGAACGUGACAUGAUUGUGUGCUCUCCGAUCGUGGCUUUGUCGCUGGGAGCUACUAGGCGCUUUGUGUUUACAAAGAGGACCUCAAAGAAUGCAUUAAACGAUGACGUGGCUGUAGCGCGAAUGGAGUUGCUGGUUGGAGAUGGCGAUUUGAUGGUCAUGGGUGGCACGGCGCGAAGAACGCACAAACAUGCGGUUCCUAAGACGGCUAGAUGUCGUGAGGCGAGGAUUAGUGUCACGUUGCGCUGCUUCCAGUAG